AUGAAUCAGGAACGUCAGCGUGCUAACAGCAAGCUUGUUCGCGCACAUGAGGCCCCGUUGAAGUCAGUCACACAGAAGGACCUUACUGUUGAGCGUCUCCCAGGAAGCAAGUACCCCAACCCCAGCAGGAAUAACAGGGUCAAUUCUCGUCUCAGCGAUAAAAUCGGACACAUUAUGUAUGACCCGCGCCCCAAUGAAGACCAGUGCGGCGAGUACCCCAUCUCGGGCAGUAAGCUGCUAUGCCAACUGGCCGCUGCCCGGAAGAAUCUGCACUUCAAUCCAUCCGAGACCACGAUUGGCAUUGUCACAUGCGGUGGUAUCUGCCCUGGGCUAAACGAUGUGAUUCGUUCCAUCACACUGACUGGUAUUAUGCAGUACGGCGUCAAGCGCGUGAUUGGUUUUCGAUUUGGUUAUUGGGGUAUGUCGAAGGAAGGCAGCAAGACUGCUAUUGAGCUCUCACGUACUUCCGUGACACAGAUCCACCGCUUUGGCGGCACGAUUUUGGGAAGCUCACGUGGUCCACAGGACACCAAAGAGAUGGUUGAGACGCUUGCGCGUUUGGGCGUAAACAUCCUCUUUACAGUUGGUGGCGAUGGGACUCAACGUGGAUCACUAAAGAUCUACGAGGAGGCGAAGCGCAGCGGACACGAUAUUGCUGUCUUCGGCAUACCCAAGACUAUUGAUAACGACCUCUCCUUUUCUCAUCGUACUUUUGGUUUCCAAACGGCAGUGGAGCAGGCGUGUGUGGCGGUCCGCGCAGCUUAUGCAGAGGCAGUCUCACUUAACUACGGUGUUGGUAUCGUGAAGCUUAUGGGACGUGAGAGCGGGUUUAUUGCCGCAGAGACGGCUUUGGCGAGUGCUCAAGCGAACCUUUGCCUUGUGCCCGAGUCACCGAUGUCCCUGGAUACGGUGCUGAAGUUGAUAGAGCACCGCUUUCUGACUUCUCGAAACUGUGUCAUCAUUGUGGCAGAGGGCUUUGGACAGGACUGGGUACAGGGGACCGGUGGCCACGAUGCCUCUGGCAACAAGAAGCUUAUUGACAUUGGUACCAUCCUGACGAAGGCGGUCGGGAAGUGGCUUAAGGUGAAUGGGGACCGCUACCCCCAGUCAGGCGUGAAGUAUAUCGACCCCUCUUACAUGGUUCGUGCGUGCCCACCAUCGUCUAACGACGCACUGUUCUGCACCAACUUAUCAACACUGGCGGUACACGAGGCCAUGGCCGGUUCCACCGGUUGUAUCAUCUCCAUGUGGUAUAACAAUUACAUCCUUGUCCCUAUCAAGGCAGCCACAUCGGUCCGACGUGUAAUUGACAUCCACAGUCUGCUUUGGCGACAAGUCUGUGCGAUCACUGUUAACCUUGAUGACGACGCGAAGCUCAAUAAGGAACAAGAUUUGCGGCGCGAGCUGGAGGCUCUUACACUGAACCGAGAACGCAUCCUUUCAAAUAUCAAUGCGAAAUUGUAA